GGCCAACACAGAAGAUGAAUCUCUUCCAAUCCAUAACAAGUGCCUUGGACAAUGCUUUAGCCAAAGACCCAACUGCAGUGAUAUUUGGUGAAGAUGUGGCCUUUGGUGGAGUCUUCAGGUGUACAGUUGGCUUGAGAGACAAGUAUGGUAAAGACAGAGUUUUCAACACCCCCUUGUGUGAGCAAGGAAUUGUUGGCUUUGGGAUUGGAGUUGCUGUUGCAGGUGCCACAGCCAUUGCAGAAAUCCAGUUUGCAGAUUACAUUUUCCCAGCCUUUGAUCAGAUCGUUAACGAAGCAGCCAAAUAUCGCUACCGCUCCGGAGAUCUCUUCAACUGUGGAAACCUCACCAUCAGAGCCCCCUGGGGCUGUGUGGGUCAUGGAGCACUGUAUCACUCUCAAAGUCCAGAAGCUUUUUUUGCUCACUGUCCAGGAAUAAAGGUUGUAAUUCCAAGGAGUCCUGUUCAGGCCAAAGGACUGCUGCUGUCAUGCAUAGAGGAUAAAAAUCCAUGCAUAUUCUUUGAACCUAAAAUACUGUACAGAGCUGCAGUGGAAGAAGUUCCUGUGGAGCCCUACAACAUUCCACUGUCUCAAGCUGAGGUGCUGCAGACAGGCAGUGAUGUGACAAUGGUUGCUUGGGGCACUCAGGUCCAUGUGAUCAAGGAGGUGGCAUCAAUGGCUCAAGAAAAGCUUGGUGUGUCCUGUGAAGUGAUUGAUCUGAGGACUAUUUUACCCUGGGAUACAGAGACGGUUUGCAAGUCAGUGGAGAAGACUGGGCGACUGCUGAUUAGCCACGAGGCUCCCUUGACAGGAGGAUUUGCAUCUGAAAUCAGUUCCACAGUUCAGGAGGAAUGCUUUUUGAAUUUGGAAGCUCCCAUUUCCAGAGUAUGUGGCUAUGACACUCCUUUCCCUCACAUCUUUGAGCCUUUCUACAUCCCAGACAAAUGGAAAUGCUACGAUGCUCUUCGAAAAAUGAUUAACUACUGAGCAGUGAGGAGUGAUCAGCUGC